AUGCGGCAGGCCUCUGAUCUCAGCAAGCUCGUUUUUGUCGGGCUAGGUCCACAUCCGGAUAGCAUUCAAGUGGUUUUAGAACAUGCAGAUGCUACCCAAGACUGUCAAUUGGCCACGUUCCUGUUGUUGACUGGAGAGUGUAUCGCUACGCCUGUAAAUGACCCGGAAUUGGCCCAAGACCAUGUGAGAGAGACGAAGGUCAUAGAAAUGUCGAAACUAUACCCGUCGCACUAUUUGAAGCACGAGAAGGGACAUGAAAAACUCUACCAAUCGAGAAUGAGAGUGAUCAUCGAUCGUUACCUGAACGUCUUGACGUCAGCGAAGUUGCACAUUAUGCGCUGUGCCUUACAUGGGUUGCUGUAUCCGCCAAAGCAGAGGAAAGACGCUUGGUGGUCCAUCUCGUGCUCCUACUGCUACGAGCCAAUCGUCGGCGCGAAGCAACAUGCCCUCGACAUUCAACAGGAAAAGGAUGAGGCCAGAAGGAGCGAGAGGUUGCGAACGCUAGCCAUGGAUCACCGUGAAGCCCGGACUUCAGAUGAGCAAGCUGGAAUCAAGGUCCCGACCCGAACGGGCCACAGUGCGAUGAGCCAUCCUUAUGUUGAUGCGAGAUGUGAACACGGUGGUCAUGGUGGUCAUAUGAUGGACUGGUUCAAGUCGUCGGACAAGUGCCCAAUUUGUGAUUGUCGAUGCAUCGAGUACAAAGACUUGAAUCCUGUUCCUGUAACGAAGAAGCAAGACCUUUGGACCCGAGGGCUUCAUGCAAAGAGCGACGACGAACUACAAGAAUGGGUCGACAAAAACCAGCACCUGCCGCUAGUGAGAAGAAUGAUCGUUCCGGCUAUGCCCGAAAAGGAAGACUGCUGUAUGAAA